GUGAAGAGUCUCUGAAGGAUCGGAAUACCUUUCAGAAGCUGCUGCAAAUAAGUGCUACAGCCCAGCUGGAGCAUCCAGAGUAUCCUGGCCCUCUUUUGCCAGCUUUGGCAUUGCUCCCCAGGACCAUUGCUCUUGAAAAGAAGAUGACCCCUUUGCAGAUGGAACUACAAGAGACUCUGAAAGGACUGCUGGGAAAUGACAACAAGGGCUGCUUUGCAGUGGCCACACAGUAUGGCUGGGUCCUGGACGCUGAGGUGCUACUGGACAGUGGGGGCCAGUUUCUAACCCUGAGGGACUUUGUUGCACCUCAUCUCACCCAACCAGCUGGGAGCCAACAGCUGCCCUCUGGGGCCAAGAGGCUGGCUUUCCUGUGCUGGGAAUUUUCCAACUUCAAUAGCCGAAGCAAGGACUUGCUGGGUCGCUUCUUCCUGGCUCGGCGCCAUGUGCUAGCUGCUGGCUUCUUGGUUGUAGACGUGAGUUCUGCG